GUGUGAGGAGUAAGAUAAAGCUUAUUGUGAAAUAUUUAGUGGCAGGCCUAGGCUAUAGGACUUUAUUGCGUUUCUUUAGUAAUGAGGUUACUACGAAAUUUGUAGGCGUAUCUAGGAAUCAGUCCAAAACACACAAAAGGAGCGGAACAAGGAUAUCCACUCCCUCUCAGACUUGCUGGGAAAACAGAUUAUUUGAGGACCAACGACAGACCAUGGAAGAUAGCCCUCAGCGGGCCUUGCAAGGCCUGGGUUCCUUCCCGUGGUAUGUGGGGGGGACUCAGGUUCUAGGCCUGGCCUGUGUGGUGAUCACGGGCGUGUGGAUGGGCAGCUAUCACGGAGGCUACGCCUGGGAUGGUUCGGGACAGGAGUUUAAUGUACACCCCCUCUGCAUGGUCCUGGGCCUGGUCUUUCUCUAUGGAGAUGCGAUCCUGGUGUACAGAGUAUUUAGGAAUGAAAGCAAACGCAACGUCAAGAUUCUCCAUGCUGUGCUACACCUUCUCGCCCUCAUUAUCAGCAUAGUGGGUAUCGUGGCUGUGUUUGACUUCCAUAAUCAUAACAAGAUCCCCAACAUGUACUCCCUCCACAGCUGGUGUGGCAUGCUCACCUUUGUUCUCUUCUGUGUACAGUGGCUGAUGGGGCUUGGUUUCUUCCUCUUCCCUGGGACGUUAAUGGCGCUGCGGAGCUGGUACCUGCCACUACAUGUCUUCUUUGGCCUGGCCAUGCUCGCCAUGUCCCUAGCCACCUGCCUACUGGGCAUUUCAGAGAAAUUGUUCUUCAGUAUCCAGCACACAUAUUCACAGUUUGUCGCAGAGGGGAUCCUUGGUAACAUGCUAGGAAUGCUGCUAGUAGCAUUUGGGAUUCUGGUAGGCUACGUGGUGACACGGGAGGACUUCAGGAGACCCCCACACCCAGAGGAGGAGGCCUUAUCUGUGCACUUUAAGACCCUGACUGAGGGGGGAGGGAGCCCCACCUCACCUUAAACUAGGAAACACUCUGGUCUGAAAAGCUACUGUGUGCGCAGGCUUGAACAAAAGCCUGCACACCCAGUAUCUCUCCAGGUCCAGCUGGUAUGUUGUCUUUAUUUCAUGUCACAUCAAGAGCUGUUCUACACCCCCUUGUGGUGAAAUUGAGGUAUGACAGGACUGAUUUGACCAAUGUCUGAUUGCUGCCACAGAUGUGCCAUAUUAGGUCUCUUAAAAACAAAAUAGCCUUUGCUAAGUGUUCAGUGAGGACAAAGCCAUGUGUCCAAGCCAAUUAGUUGUGCCUUUAAGGGCAGAAGGGUUAUACUUUAAUACUGGAAGUUACUCCUUGUUUAACAAACAACUUUCAAGCUUGUGAUACAUUUAGAAGUUGCAGUUCAUUCAGGGAUAUGUUCAUUGUGACAAAAUAAUAUUGAAUUAAUCUGUUGGCAGUGUUGAAUUUAUGAUAAAGGACCAAACGAUGCCUGGAUUUUUGGGGUUGAAUUCUAAAUUACCCUUAGGCACUAAAGAAGCAGUUUCUUCACCAUUCCUUAUGUUUGGCUGUUGAAUUUUCACCAUUGAUUCAAGGUUUCCCCGGCCCCCCCAGAAGUUUCAUAUUUUUGUUUAACCCUUAAGCACACCUGACUCAAUAAGUCAAAGGCUUGAUGGUUACGGGACUAAUUGAAUCAGGUGUGCCAGUUAACAUGUGAAACGUCUGGGGUGGCCCUAGGAAACCUGCUACAACCUAUCCAAUAGUUUCAGGGCCCAGUUCUUCUGAUCAGAUUAAAUCUUAGCAUUGGGUAAUUUUCUGUUUUGAAAUACCCAAUCAAAUUCUCAAAGGUAGUGAUUUAGAAUACUCCGUAGAGCAUUGCGCUUGCAGGAUAGUGGGUUCGAUUCCCGGGACCACCCAUAUGUAAAAAAAUAAAUCAAAUGUAUGCACAACUAAAAAGCGUCUGCUAAAUAGCAUCUUCACAUUCUUAAUCACACUUGGUGGAUUUAGAAAGGUACAAAUGUUCUUACAUUAAAUCGACUGCAGUAUGUGGUCAGUUAUAUUGAGACGUGUCAAAUAAAUGCAUGUUCUCUUGUGAUAUGCAGACAUUCAUCUUAGUUACUUUAAUGUGUAGAAGUAGUCAUGACCUGUCCAGUGGAGGGCAAGGUGAAGGUCUACUCAAAGCGCUGAAAAUCCAGAGAUCUUAAUAUUGUAGGAUCUGAUCCUUUAAAAACAAAUGCUCAAUUGAGCUGAUCUUGAUUUGCAAAAUAUGGGGUUACAGAAUCGGGAUAAUUUAACUGGGCUAAGGGGUCGAUUCGGUAAAGAUCUUUAUGCUUCUGUGGUAAGUGUUACAUGUUACAUACAGUGACUGUUACAUCUUCUCUUUGUAUGAAUGUUGUAUUGUAAUUUGCUUUGUUCUAAGCAUCUACUUGUCCUCAUAUUUAAUCAGUUUAAAGCAUAAUGUAACUAAGAUUACUUUAGAUUCAAUAUCGCUACCUCUAUUUUCACUUGUGGAAACUUGUUCUAUACAAUAGGCACUGCUGACUGACUUAUUAAAACCUAUAUUGCCUUCCUAUCACUUAUUAAAGAUGCAUGACUCAA